AUGCGUUUCUCUGUUGCUGCCAUCUCUGCUGCCUCUUUACUUCUCGCCUCGUCUGCCAAUGCCAUGGGUAACUUGGCUUUCAACUUGGGUGUUAAAAAUAACGAUGGUUCCUGUAAAUCCCAACAAGAUUAUGAAACUGAUUUAAAAGCUUUGUCUGGUUACACCAACACCGUCAAGGUCUAUGCUGUUUCUGAUUGUAACACUUUACAAAACUUGGGUCCUGCUGCUCAAGAUGCUGGUUUCGAAGUCUUCUUUGGUGUUUGGCCAACUGACGAUGCUCAUUUCGCUGCUGAACAACAAGCUUUGAAAUCCUACUUGCCAUCUAUCAAAUCUAGCACUGUUGCUGGUUUCUUGGUUGGUUCUGAAGCUUUAUACAGAGAUGAUUUAACUGCUGAUCAAUUAGCUUCCAAAAUUAAUGAAAUUCGUGAUUUGGUUAAAACUAUCAAUGAUUCCGAUGGUAAUUCCUAUGGUUCUAAACAAGUUGGUACUGUCGAUUCUUGGAACGUUUUAGUGGCUGGUUACAAUGCUCCAGCUAUUCAAGCUUCUGAUUUCGUCAUGGCCAAUGCCUUCUCAUACUGGCAAGGUCAAACCAUGCAAAACUCCUCCUACUCCUUUUUCGAUGAUAUUAUGCAAGCUUUACAAACCAUUCAAUCUACUAAGGGUUCUACUGAUAUCACUUUCUGGGUUGGUGAAACUGGUUGGCCAACCGAUGGUACUAACUUUGAAGCUUCUUACCCAUCCACUGACAACGCUCAACAAUUCUGGAAAGAAGGUAUUUGUGCUAUGAGAGCUUGGGGUAUCAACGUUAUUGUAUUUGAAGCUUUCGAUGAAGACUGGAAGCCAAACACCUCUGGUACUUCUGAUGUUGAAAAACACUGGGGUGUCUUCACUUCUGAAAGAUCUUUGAAAUACUCUUUAUCAUGUGAUUUCAGCAAUUAA